GUGUCCUUCAUCGUUGCUAUUACUACUUCUUUUCUGGUUCUUCUCAAAACAGUCCAGACUCUUUGACAAUGGCAGCUACAGCCAAGGUUUACGUCGGCAAUCUCUCGUGGAACACCACCGAUGAGGCCCUUCACCAGGCUUUCUCUCAAUACGGAGCGGUUCUUGAUUGCAUCGUCAUGAAAGACCGAGAGACUGGCCGAUCUCGAGGUUUCGGAUUCGUCACAUAUCAAAAUGCUCCUGAGGCCGAGGCAGCUAUCAACGGAAUGAAUGAACAAGAGCUCGAUGGACGACGCAUCAGAGUCAACAUGGCCAACGCCAAAGGAGGUGGAGGAGGAGGAUACGGAGGCGGUGGAUACCAAUCCGGUUACGGCGGAGGCGGUUACGGUGGAGGUCAAGGCGGCUACGGUGGAGGUGGCUACGGUGGUGGCCAAGGAGGCUAUGGUGGCGGCCAAGGAGGCUAUGGAGGCGGUCAAGGAGGGUACGGAGGUGGCGGCUACGGCGGAGGUCAAGGUGGUUACGGUGGAGGUCAAAGUGGUGGCUAUGGAGGUGGUCAGGGUGGCUACGGAGGUGGAGCUUCUGGCUACGGUGGCCAGCAAUCCGGAUACGGCGGCGGAGCUCAGGGAGGUUACGGUGGAGGCUACGGCGGAGAUCAAGGCAGCCAGCAAUACAGUGGAGGUGGCGGUCAAUACUAAGGUUUCGGCUCCAGUGAUCUGAUGGCCUAAGGGUGGUUUUCAUUCUCGCCUAUCGGCCUUGCAGCCCUUUUACCCGUAGCGAUCCAUCUUUCAAAUGAAUGACCGUUGCCAGUUUUGCGAACAACUAUCAAAUCCAUCACAGC